CAUAAAAGAAGAGCUCGUGUACUACGAACUAAAUUACAAAUGUAUUCAUAGUGGUGUUACAAGAAGCAAGUCCAAGGGACUUCGACCAAAACAAAGCACCUACAAACAGAACUGUCCAUUCGUCAUGAAAUUCAGGGUUUCUUCUGAUGGCAACACUUUGGAUUUGGUCUCCUGCGUUGACGAGCACAAUCAUGAUCGAAAUCAGGAGACUCAUUCACUUCUACCUCGACAGCGUCAGCUAGACAUUGAAACCAGAGAAAUGGUGCAGCAUAUGCUGAAAUUGAGGGUCAACAAGAAAUUGCUUCAAGCUGAACUUCUCUCCUCCAAGAAGGUAUUGUUAAAGGACUUGCACAACCUCAAUGCAAAAAAGGAUUCAGAAGACAGUUUACAGGACACAUUGAAGUAUCUUCAGAACAAAGAUGGUAAUAUUGUUGAAAUUGUGAGCAAUGAAGAAAAUCAAUUUCUUGGGUUAUUCUAUCAGGACAUUGAGAUGCAAAGAACUUACUCAACUUAUCCUGAAAUUUUGUUUGUUGAUGCAAUUUACAAAGUUUCCAACUUACGAAUCCCCUUGUACAUUCUUAUUGUAGAGGACGGCAAUGGCAAUUCAGAAAUUGUGGCUCUAAUGUUGCUUGCUUCAGAAGAUGCCCUCACCAUAGAUAAAAUGGUUGAGGUAUUCAAGAAGCAUAAUCCGGCUUGGGAAAAUACAGUCACAAUUAUGACUGACAAAGACUUCCAAGAGAGGAAGUCUUUUAAAAAUGGGUUUCAAAGGGCAGAAAUGUUGAUCUGUUUAUUUCACACAUUAAGAUCAUUUAAAAGAGAAAUCAACUGUGAAAAGAUGGGAAUUUCUAGUGGAGAAAGAGUUCUGUACCAAGAGUAUGCCCAGAAAUUGACCUAUUCUAAAAAUGAGGAUGAAUAUAACUCCAUCUAUGAUGAAAUUAAAAGAUUAAAACUAAUAAAGUUCAUCGAUUACUUCGAAAAAAAUUGGCAUCCAAUAAAAGAAGAAUGGGUCCCAGCUCUUCAGACUGCGGUUAGUUUUGGAAACAGAACAAAUAACCGCUUAGAAUCGAUCAAUUCCAAAGUCAUGCAGGUUGUCCAGCGACAUUCACGGCUUCCAGAUCUUUUCAAAAAUCUUGAAUGUUUGUUGUUGAGUUUGAGAGCAGAGAGAGAUGGAAAAGCUGCUAAAGUUCUCUUGAAAGUUCCUCUAAAUGUUGAUAUUGUGCAUGAAGAUGAGAGUUGUUACUUGCAUGUUCUCACCCCAUAUGCUUUUGGUUUGAUUCAUGAUAGAUUUGCUCUCAAAGAUAAAGUUCAAAUAGUUAGUGAAAUUUCAAUUAGUGAAUUCCAGAUUGCAUCAUCACAAGGACUCCUAACGACUUCAGAGAGUAGAUGUAGCUGCCGAUUCUUCUACUCCUACAAUCUACCUUGCCACCAUGUCUUGCAUGUAAGAGAAAAACUUUCUCUGCCUCUCUUUGACAGUAUUCUUGUCCCACAAAGAUGGACUAAGGAAUUCUAUUUGAACAAUAGUCGUUUGAUGUUAACAGACACCACAAGAAGUCUUGCAGAGGCAGUCAUUACUCAGUCAUCUGUGUCUACGAAGAAAGUUUUGUCACAAAAUGAUAAAUACCGCAUGGCCAUCACAAAAAUUCAGAAAAUAGCUACACUUGCUUCGGAAGUAUCUAGUAGACAGUUUCCUCAAAGGAUGCAAGUUUUAAAUGAUAUAAUUAGACUGUGGGAACUUGAUAAAGAAGUUUCUGUUGUGGAGGUUGAAACCUUUUGUGGCAGUGAGGUUCAUCUUGAUGAAGUGUCUUUUGUGGAUCCACCUGAAGAAACCCAUCAGGAAAAUCUAGAUCAGUCAUCCUUGAUGAGUCACGAACACAUCUUGUUCGACGAAAAUCCAGAGGAGUCAGCAAUGCAGCAAUCCAGCUUAAUCAGCAAUGCACACAUUUUGGACCAUGAUUAUGCUUCGCCUGUUGCAAAAUCAUGUGGCAAGAAGAGUUCAACAAAUACCGGACAAACAAUGAAAAUCAGUCAUGAUAGUAAAGUGUCUGUGGAAAACAACUUUGUUAAAGAAAGUUCAGUUGUAGUUGACAUUGGCAGUUUUAAUGUACACCACAACACAUUUAUAGAAAUUCCUAGUGUGGGUGACCUCAAUGAGGGACUAGGCAUGCCACAAACAAAACUGUCAACAGGUGAAACCCCUGUUCUACCUCUCAUGCCCAAAAAAAUGAAACAGAAGGGCAGGCCAAAGGGUGCUAAUAGUACUGUUAUAGGGCUUCCGAGAAAAAAAGGGAAAUCAAACAGAAUGAUUCCGUUUGAAAGAAAGAAGAGUAGGGAUCGGCAGUUGUUGAUGCUCCAGUGGUUUAUCACACGAGAUAGAGCCUUCCUCGCACUUGACGGACAAGUUGUCGAGAAACAUGAAGUUGAAGUGAAUGAGAAUAAGGUGAGCUCUGGAUGCUUGGACAGUAGAUGUGAAAUAAAAUCUAUAAGAAAGUACUUCACAUCGGACGCGUGGAAAAGUAUUGAAAGUUUGGUAAAAUUCAAAAGAAACAAUCAUCCAUUUUUUUGUUCAGAAUGCAAGUUGGAUUCUUGUGAAGAUAGUGUAUCAUGCAGUGGUUGUUUGGAGAACUUUCAUCUUAGGUGUAGUGGAGUGAAAGUUCUCUCCAAAUCUAAGAAAUGGUACUGUAGGCGUUGCUAUAGUCAGCAUGCAAGCACUGAAGUUUAAGACGAGAGCCCACGGAGCAACUGUUUUGCAACAACAGUUGCUAAACGAUUGCGCUUGCAACAACCAGUUUCCAAUCAAAACUAAACCUCUAGCCGUACACAGAUAGUUGGUUUUGUAGAUCAGUUUCAUUCAAUUUGCAAUAUUCAAUACAUCGUUUGGUGAAUUUUACCAUGUCAGAUCAAAAUGAGGAAUAUAUUGUUGAUUAUCAUCAAUACUGCAUGUAUUAUGUAAAAUGUUGAAUAAGUAUACUGUAAAUUAAUGGUAUACUAGUAUAUUAAUUACCUUGGUAUGUAGAAGGCUGCAUCUUUUCAGGUGAUUGGCGACCUAAGUAUAAAGUUAUAAAAACAAAAUGAAAUCAUGUAGUACCCUUUUUAUUUGAAACGUUUCAAAGACUAUUUUCGGCCUACUUUGGCCAUUUUCAAGUUUAAAUGUAAAAAUAAACAAGUUGAUACUAGAUAAUAUAUGUUAUGCUUAUUUUCAUAUGAUUUAUUAAUUAAUUAUUCGUUAUUUCAUGGUUAAAAUGAUUUAUUGUUAAUCAUAUUAUUUACUUUAAAUUUUAUCAAAAAUAGGAUUAUUCAAGUCAAAUUGAAUCAGAUUUAUUAACUAGACGUUGAAAUGUUCUAAAUAAAAAUGAUACUACAUGUUUUUAUUAAUUUUAAUAAAUUAGCCCAUAAUUAUAAGUGAAGUGAUUUUAUAAAUCCAAAUGGUUGAGUCGUGUAGUGAUUACCUUAAUUCAUGUCACUUCGAUAGCCUACAUCGAUAAUUCGCAAUCGAGUUAGGUGCGGUGGAGAUAAUACACAAGAAACAAAAUUUUUUUUACUCGCAUCGCAGUAAAUUUGGUAGGAAGUAUUAAUUUAUCAAUUAAUUAUUAGGUAAGAAUCUUAUUAUUUAGUCAAUAUCCUGAAUUAUAAAAACUACUCUUGAACUGUAUGUUGGUGUCUGGUAGUAUAAAUAUGCAGUAUUUUAGGUGCUUUGUCUAUUAGAAUCAAAUCGAGGGUUUUAUCACUUUCAACUACUGUAGAACUCAAUUUUGUAAAGAAAUUAUAAAAUAUUCACUAACCGACUGAAGCCUGCUUUUGGAUUCUUUGAAUCCAUUUUAAACUUACUGUUUGUUAUGUGUAAGUUUGUGUGUUUUUCAACAUACCAUUAGUUAACUUCCAUUCAUAAGAAAAAAAUCUAUUCAUCGUAGAGCAGCAAUUUUUUUAAUUAAUGGAUUGGAAUUCAAAGAAUUAAAGAAGUAAAGGAAAUUGUAUAGAAAUGGUUUGUGAAGCUAAUGCAAUUGAACUUCCAAAUGAAAAAAUAAUUGUUUUGUCAUUGUACAGACCCUAUAACAAUGAUGUUAGUUUUUUAACAACUUUCUAUGCUGUCUUAGUGAUAUACGAGAUUAUGUGCCAUAUAAAUGUUAUUAUAAUUUAAUAUUAUAUGCUGAUUUCAAUGUCAAUUUUAAUGUAAAUGAAACUAGUUUUAUGAACAAAUGCUAUCUAAAAGCAGUCAACACACUUGUAAUUUGAACCUGAUGCUUAUGAGAAGAAAGGCUUAUCAUUUUAUGCUAAGAGUAAGUUAAUAUUUACUCAUUAAAUUAUAGUUAUAACCAAGAAUAGAUCAUUUGUAACAGUAGCAAAUUCAUUAAAUAUAACAAACUAAGAUCCAAGCUUACUGAAUAUUGUAAAUUAAUAUAAACAGUAAAGGAAUUGUAAGAAAUAUCAUAAUUAAAAUCCGUCGAUGAAAUAACAUCUCCUAAUUAACCUGAUUUCCUUCUUAAAUAAUGUAAUACAUUCAAUUCUGUUAGUGACUUCUGGAAGUUUAUUAAAUAGUCGCAAUCCGGCAUAAAAAGGAGUAUUUUCAAAAUUUAAUGUAGAGUUUCUGUGUAUGGGUUGGCUAUUAAAUUUCUUUUCCUGAUAUUAUACUGGUGAUUCUCUGCACUAAACUGAAAUUUAUGUGAGACAACAAAAUAUAUUAGUAAGUUACCGUACCUAAUUGAUGAAUGUUGAUAGAAGGCAGUGUCAUGAUUUUUUGAAACAUGCUUUACAAGAGUCUCGCGCUUAAAGCCAAAUAUUAUUACUUUCGAACUCUUUUUUGGAUUAAAAACACUUUGUGGGCUAUCUGGGGAGUUUCCCCAGAAAAUUGUACCAUAGCAAAAAUGAGAGUACACAUAGGCAUAGUAUACCUAUGUAUAGAAUAUUUUUUCUCUAGAAAUAGAAUACCUAGUUUUUAUAUAGUAGUUUUUAAUAGUUUAUAGAAUAGUUUAAGAAAGUUUUUCUUUCCUGUAAAUGGGAUAGUGUUAAUACGACCUAUUCAAUCUGUUAGCAAUGAACUUACUAUAAAAAAACUUAAUCUAUAAAUUGAGCUUACUAAAAGAGAAAUCUUUAAGUAAAAUGGUCUAUCUUGCAUACGCCCAAUCAGUUUUUCAGUAUGGAAUUAGGGUCUGGGGUGGUGCUUUUAAUGCUCAUUUCAAUAAACUAAAUAUUAUUCAAAAGAGUAUCCUCAAGGCAGCACUAGGAGUGCAUAGAAGGUACCCUAGCCAGCAACUUUUUAUGGAGUUCGGAGUUCUGUCAGUUAGGCAACUGUAUAUCAGAAAUCUUGUUAAAUAUAUCAGCAACCAUAUACAUCUUUUUACACCUCAUUCAACUAAUUAUAGUUUUAGAUCAGUAAAUAGAUGCUUUGUUCCUCGAACAGAUCUAACUAUAUGCAGAAGACAAUUCAACUAUACAACAAAAAAGCUUAUUAAUUUUAUGCCAGAACAUUUCAUUGCAAGAAAACCUACAAAAGCACUUAAAUUAAAAAUUGAAAGCUGGAUAAAGACAGAAGAUAUCAUACUUAAAAUAUUUUAAU